CUUAACAUCUCAAUUCCAAUUUGUCCUCUCCUCUUUUAUCUCAUCUGAUUCCAUAUUAUCUCUAUCUCUAUAAAUCUGUAAAAUAAUCGAUCUUGACAUUAAUCUAAGUAACCAUAAAGACAAUGGCUGAUUUGUUUAUAAAGCAAGCACAACAAUACGCAAAUGCGAGGCCAACAUACUCGACGGAGUUGUUUGAAUUCAUUGCCUCAAGAACUGAAUCUCAUGAUCUUGCUUGGGAUGUAGGCACGGGCAGCGGUCAAGCUAUACCUCCGUUAGCAAAGAUCUACAAGAAUGUGAUAGGCACAGACACAAGCCAAAAGCAACUAGAUUUUGCACCCCAAAUUCCAAAUGUGAAGUACCAACAUACUUCUCCCACCAUGUCUAUUGAAGAACUCCAACAAAAUGUAGCCUCUCAAUCAACCUUGGACUUGGUAACAAUUGCACAAGCAAUGCACUGGUUUGACCUUCCCAAAUUCUUUGACUUGGUCAAGUGGGCCUUAAAGAAGCCCAACGGGGUCAUUGCGGCCUGGUGCUACACAGUUCCCGAGAUCAAUGAUGAAGUGGACGCGGUCUUUGGGCCUUUUUACAAAAAUGAUUCAGGCCCAUACUGGGAGGAAGCCCGAAAACUUGUGGAUAACAAAUAUAGAGAUAUUUACUUCCCGUUUGAGCCAUUACACGGGUUGGAUCAUACGGGUCCAUUUGAGUUCAAGGUUGAAAAGGUGAUGACUUUUGACGAUUAUAUGAUGUAUAUAAGGUCGUGGUCUGCGUAUAAUACUGCAAAGGAGAAAGGUAUAGAACUUUUGACUGAUGAAGUGAUGGACAAAUUCAAGCAUGCUUGGAAUAUAGGAGAUGGAGGAAAUGAAAAGGUUUUGAAAUUUCCUAUUUAUUUGAGGAUUGGAAAAGUUGGGGAUGCCAACAAAGGAUAAUUUUUACUCCGAACAUGUUUCCGGUUAUGGUAAUUGUUUCGCAAUGUUCUCAGAAUAAGAAUUAAUGUAUGGGAGUACUCCGUAAUAUUUUCGAUUAUGGUAAUUGUUUCACAAUGUUCUCGAAUAAGAAUUGAUGUACACGAGUACUUCGUAAUGGUGUAUCAACUUUUUAUUCUUGGUUAGCCAGUUUGCUACCAGUCUGUGUAUAAAUUAUUUAACAAAAAAAUUUAAAUGCUGUUAAGUUUAUUGA